CUGGCAUUGUCCCAGCUGCAUACGGGUAUUGAGACCUCAAGUUCAGGCCGGUCGCAACCAUGGUCAAGUCCUACCUAAAAUACGAGUACUCGAAAUCAUUUGGCCUCGUAACGUCUAGCACCUCCAAUAUCCUCUGGACCUCCCAGACCCGCUCCAGCACUGGCGCCGGCCAGGCAGUCGUUGCCGCCAAUGAAGAGCUGCUGUGUUGGGAUAUCAAGACGGGCGAUAUAGUCGAACGAUGGAGGGACGAGAAAUCUUCGGCCCAAGUCACCGCUAUUGCCCGGAGUAAGGUGAACGAUGACCUGUUCGCCGCCGGCUACGAAGAUGGAAGUGUCCGACUUUGGCGGAGCAAGGACCCGAGCCCGUUCGUUACCUUUAAUGGGCACCGCUCUGCCAUCACCGUCCUGGCGUUCGACCGAUCCGGCGUGCGGCUCGCGAGCGGCUCGAGAGACACGAACGUCAUCAUAUGGGAUCUGGUAGCCGAGGUCGGCCAAUUCAAGCUGCGCGGGCACAAGGACCAAAUCACCGGUCUACAAUUUGUAGAACCCCAGGAGGAGGUCACGGAGGAGGACGGUGCUCAGGCGAUGGUGCUCGAUGGCCUAAACGAUUCGUCGGCCGAGGGGUUCCUGUUGACUACGGGGAAGGAUGCGCUGGUUAAGCUCUGGGACUUGGGAUCAAGGCACUGUAUCGAAACCCAUAUAGCGCAGACGAAUGGCGAAUGUUGGGCGUUAGGGCUCUCCCCGGAUUAUAGCGGAUGCAUCACGGCGGGAAAUGCCGGCGAACUCAAAGUUUGGUCCCUAGAUACGAUCUCGCUAGCCGCGUCAAGGCGACAGGUUGACAUAUCCGGCGACAGGAAAUAUCUACAAGACCGGGGGACAUUAUUCCGGCAUGGGAAGGAUAGAACUACCGAGAUCAUCUUUCACCCCCGCCGUGACUACUUCGCCGUGCACGGGUCAGAGAAGUCCGUCGAGAUAUGGAGGAUACGCAGCGCGGCGGAAAUAAAAAAGAGCAUGGCGAGGAAGAAAAGGAGGAGACGAGAAAAACUAUCCCAGAAGAAAGACGGCGACAAAAGCGGCGAGAUCCCGCCAGACGAGGAGGAUGACCAGGAAGAGGACGUUAACAAGGCAGAAAUAACCGACGCCUUCACCCAACAUUUAAUCGUCCGGACAGGUGGGAAGGUGAGAUCGGUCGACUGGGCAGAUAUCCGGGGCGGGAAGAAGCUUCAGCUGCUGGUCGCCACGACAAAUAAUCUACUAGAAAUGUUCAACAUGCCUCUCAAGGAGAGGAGCGGAAGGUCGAAGCAGGACGGCGUCCCUGACUACGAAAGAUCGCUGUCGAUAGAAAUUCCCGGCCAUCGGGCGGAUGUCCGGUCGCUAGCCUUGAGUUCUGACGACAAGUGGCUCGCUUCGGCAUCUAACGGAAGCCUCAAGAUCUGGUCCAUGCUGACGCAAAAGUGUGGCAAAACCUUGGAGUGCGGGUAUGCCCUGUGCUGCGCGUUCUUGCCCGGCGACAAGCUUGUAGUCGUUGGGACAAAGAGCGGCGAGAUCGAGCUAUUCGAGGUAGCGACGGGCGCUCUGCUCGACACCGUCAGCGCGCACGAGGGCGCGGUAUGGUCUUUGCAGGUUCAUCCGGACGGCCGGUCCAUAGUAUCAGGGAGCGCGGACAAGUCAGCCAAAUUCUGGAAGGUCCAAGUCGUUCAGGAGCCAGUUCUCGGAACCACUCGGACGACGCCGCGCUUAAAGCUGACGCAUGCGCGGACGUUGAAAGUCUCGGACGACAUUCUGAGUCUGAAGUUUUCCCCCGAUGCGAAGCUCCUAGCCGUGGCCCUGCUGGACAGCACGGUCAAGGUGUUUUUCGUAGACUCGCUCAAAUUAUACCUCAACCUCUACGGCCAUAAAUUGCCCGCGCUCGAUAUGGACAUCUCGUACGACAGCAAGUUGAUCGCCACAUGCUCAGCGGACAAGACGGUCAGGAUAUGGGGACUCGACUUCGGCGACUGCCACAAAGCGCUGCUGGCGCAUCAAGAUAGCAUCCUCCAAGUCAAAUUCCUACCGAACAACCGAGAAGGGAACGGCCACCACUUCUUUAGCGCUAGCAAGGACCGGACAAUCAAGUACUGGGACGGCGACAAAUUCGAGCAGAUACAGCGGCUCAACGGCCAUCACGGGGAAAUCUGGGCACUGGCGAUCAGCCGAAGCAGCGAGCCCCCCUUCAUCGUCAGCGCUAGUCACGACAAGAGCAUCCGGGUGUGGGAAGAGACGGACGAGCAGAUAUUCCUCGAGGAAGAGAGGGAGAAGGAGAUCGAGGAGCUGUACGAGAGCACGCUGAUGCAGUCAGUAGAGCAGGAGGAGGAUGUCGAGGGCGAAGACGGGGAGAUUGGGGCAGCAACCAAGCAAACAUCGGAAACGCUGAAUUACGGCGAACGGAUCGCGGAAGCACUCGAGUUGGGGAUGGCGGACCUGCACGUGGUGAAAGAUUGGGAAGAAGCGAAGGCGGCGAACCCGGGCCUGGCGCCGCCGCAGCGCGACCCGAUGUUCAUGGCGCACGGGGGGAUCAGCGCGGAGGAAUACGUGAUGAAGGUGCUGGAGCGGCCGGCGGCAGCGGCGCUCAACGACGCGCUGCUGGUGCUGCCGUUCACGUCGGUGCCGGCGUUGUUCACGUUCGUGCAGCGGUUCGCGGCGCGGUCGCUGAACGUGCCGCUGACGUGCCGGGUGCUGUUCUUCAUGCUGCGGACGCACCACCGGCAGAUCGUGGGCAGCCGGAGGAUGCGGGCGAUGCUCGAGGACAUCCGGGUGAGCUUGCGAGAGACGCUGCGGCGGCGCAAGGACGAGAUGGGGUACAACAUGGCGGCGCUCCGGAUCGCGGACCUCCAGAUCCGCGACCGGGGCGUCAGCGAGUACGUCGACGACGGCUGGGACGACGACGCCUCGGGCGCGCAGAAGGAGAGGAAGAGGGCGUUCGUGCACGUGUCGUAGCGAGGAGAAGAUUACCUACCAAGGUGCGUACGUAGGCAGGUUAGGUUAAGACGGGGAUACGCGCAUGUAGGAACGGUGUCGGAAUAUACACAUAGGUACUGCUAGGAAAGACGUUCACAGACCAGCCGGCCCGACCAGGUACGUACCUGUAGCCUCAGGGGUCACCUCCUUUAGGUAAGGUAGGAGGUAGGUACAUGGUGUUACCAGGUGUCGAUUACAUAAGGUGUUCUUUCGCUACGGACUAGGGAUGGGAUCGGAUCGGAUCACUCUCGGACGACGCAGAGACUACCUAAGGCAAUAUCCCGCCUCGUGCCGGCCUCCUUCUCGCUGGGAGGUACCAGGUACUGACCAAACCACCCUACGUCCCUACGUC